UAUAAGGCAACAAUAUCUGAAAUAGAUAAAUUUCUUCUAGAAAUUUAUACAAAUGUAAUUGCAUUAACAAAAAAUGAAACAAUUAAAGCAAGCAAUAUAUUUAAGGGUGAAAAAACUAUGAGAACUGGAACUCAAUUGAAUACUGAAUUUGAUAUAUUCAAUGAUAAUAUUUUAAAAAUAUAUAAAAAUAAAAAGGAUAUUCCAAAAGUUUCUAAUCUUAUAACUGAAGAAACUCAAAUAGCAGAAACUUUUACAAAAAUUUAUACUGCAAAUUAUUGUAAUUUAUAUAAUCGAGCAUUGUUUAAAUCAAAAUCAAGACAGAGAAAAUCAUGUUGA